UUGCCGUAGGAUUACGAGGUCAACGGGUUGUCGUAGAAUACUAGAAAAUCUCUCGCAAAAUUGAUGAGCUGCACCACUUUUUGCAUGAACUGAGCUCACUUUGAAGAACAGAAUAAAGAUACAACCUGCUAGCUUGAAAAGUUCAUAUUCAUGAACCUAAAAAUUUAAGCUUGGUAGUGGGAAGUACAAAAUAAUCCAAGAUGGCUGCCAGCAGAGCUUCAGAGAGGAGUGCAAGGGAAUUCUAUGAGAUGAAACAGAGGGCAGUCCAUUUCUACAAAGAGAAUCAAGUACCAGAGAAGAUUGAGGAAGUUCUCAAUAAUAUGUUUCAUGAAAGCCCUGUUGAUGUCUAUGGCUAUCUGUCUGAAUAUUUUGAGAGCAAGGCCAAGCCUCCAGUGAUCCACAAAGUAAGCGGGAGAGAGGUUUACGAUAGCAAAGGUCAACCCACAGUUCAAGCAGACAUCUCCUGUAUCAUCAAAGGUUUGGAAAAGCAUUUCUCCACUGCUACUGCCAGCAGUUACAACCAUUACCCUGAUAACAUACCCCUGGAGAAGAGAGAAGCAGAAGAGAAAGAAAGACAACAAAAUACAGGAGCUGCGGUAUCACUGAUCAAUGGUCAACUUACAGAGGCACUGUGUGGUGUAGAUCCAACAGACCAGAAAGAGGUUGAUGAUGUUGUCUUAACACUAAUUGACAAGUUGAAAGCUGAAGCUGACCAGAAGGAGGAGGACGAGCGGCUCAAACGGAUCGAGGAGGAGCUCAACCAGGAGCCUAAAGAGCCCGCCAAGGAGGAGAAAACCAUCUCUCCAAAGGGGAAGAAGAAGGCAGGGAGCGCUAGGUCAGUCAUAGUAGCCCUGGAGGAGCCGAAGGAGCCGUUGUACCCAGCAUGCAGUGCAGCCUGUGCCGUAUCUCAGGCGGUUGCAAUGGCGGGUGCAGCGGUGAAGAAGGUGGAAUUCUACGAACACAUCUGCAAUGCUGCCGGCAAUGUGGAAGUGGAUGUAUUCACAAUGCCUAUGCCUAUGGUCAGUGUGUUGAGCUCUGGUAAACCUGCACCAGGCAAACAGAACCUCAUCAAGGAACUCCUGAUUCUACCUAAGCCUGGACUACCCUUGGAAGAGGGCAUGAAGCAAGUGACCCGUGUGUAUCACCAAAUUGGAAAGCUCCUCUUUUCUAAGUUAGGGGUUCCAGGAUACUAUGUCAAUGACAAUGGAACCUUCACGCCCCAGUAUGAUCGUCAGGAACAGUUCCUAGAUCUGGUCCAAGAGGCGGUUACAGCCCUGGAACUAACACCAGGAGAAGACAUCUACAUUGCUUUGAAUUGUGCUGCACAUGAGAUAUAUGAACCAGAAAAGAGCAAAUAUGAGGUCAUGACUGGUAUGCUAAAGACAUCGGAGGAUAUGAUUGAGUUCUAUGCUGACAUCAUCAACCGUUACCCAGCAAUCAUUGCAUUGAUCGACCCACUCAGAAAACAGGAUUCCGAGGUCUGGACCAAACUUUGUGAGCGUCUGUCAGAGAAGUGUUACAUCAUAGGGGAACAUGUCUACCCCCGUGUAGAGAGGUUUGUUCAAGAAGGCUUUGGUGAGCUGGCAGCGAGCGGUGCCUCGCUACGUCUGCAUCAGAUGACCACCGUAACAAACAUCAUCCUGGCUGCUACAAUCAUCAAAGAGGAGGCAUCAAUCACAGCCAUUUCCAGUGUACCUGGUGAUACCUCCGAUACAUUCCUUGCAGACCUAGCUGUUGGCAUUGGAGCUACAUUUGUCAAGUUCGGUGCUCCUGCCCGGGGCGAGAGGAUCUCUAAGUACAACCGUCUUCUCCGGAUCUCUGAGACCCUGAAGGAACAGGGUCAGCUGAGGGUCCACGAGGGGUUCGCCUUCCCCGUCAAGAGACCCCCUACACCCCCUCCAUCAGAGGGCGCAGAGAGUGAGCAGGAUGGGAGUAAAUAGGCAGACAUGUUUAUAAGAUGUGUUAUCUGAAUCCUUAGCAGUCCCACUACAUGUUAUGGGUUUGACAACACAAUCUAAAGGACUGAGAGCAUACUUUCCAUCAUAAGGAAAGUAAUGUACAACCAUAUGGAUGGGACCAACCAGGGCCAACAUGAGGUCCAAAUUUAAAUGUCUUUUGUAAUUAGUUGCACUUCCAUGUAUUCAAAGAACACAUGGUUUUAUUGGCAAUGCAUUCUAAAUAAAAAUUAAAAGCUGUUUGAUUUGCUUGUUAAAUUCUGUAUCCAUUCCUCUUACAGAAAACAGAAAUGAAAAAGAAAUUAAUUUGUGUGUCCCAUUCUUGAAGACAUAAAAGAAUCUACUAAAUUGUGUGAAUGUUGUGAAUACACAUGAUACAGUUUAAGAUGGAUUUUCCAUUACAUUUGUUUAAAUUUAUUAUAAGUUGUUUUAUAAAUUUCAUAAGGAAAGGUGUCAUUUAAUUUAUAUCCAGAGGAAAGAUCCAGUUCACAAAUAUUUUCAAACCAUUGAUGAUUUCUCCCUACAAACCUCACAGUACAUUUAUAGACUUUAAUAGUCGGAAUGUGUAUUUUGCUAAUAUAUCUGUGCCGGGUGUAAAUUAAUGUUCAGGUCAUCAAAAUAGCAGUUUUAAUUAUUUGAAAACACUUAUGAAUUGGUUGAUGCAAGUUGAUGCAAUGUUCUAGUCAUCAGAAUUCUGGUAAACUGAAAUCAGUUGCCCUCCAAGUCCUUAAAAAA